UUGUUUUUUGUUGAGAUAGAGAAGUCAACUCAUUAUACGAUUGUUGUUGGGAGUAAGAUAGAUAGAUAGAUUGUUGGCCGCCAGAAGAUGUCAACAUAUGGUUUCUUAACAACUCAUCAUCCAUUUGAGGUCAAAACACACAAGUUAAAGAUGGUUCCAAAACAAUCUUUUCUUCAAGUUCCCAAAACUCAUUUCCGACGCUGGGCUUGUUCGGUAACACCUAAAUCGAAUACUCAAUCUCCUCUUCGAGAAGUCUUCUCUUCAGAACCAAAGCAACCUUCUUAUCAGAAAUUGGAUCGAGUUGUGUGCAAGUUUGGUGGAAGUUCAUUAGCUGAUGCAGGAAGAUUAAAGGAAGUGGGCAAACUUGUUCGAAUGCAACUGGAGAAAACUCAAAGGUAUCCCGUAGUUGUCUUAUCAGCCAUGGGCACGACUACUAACGAGCUGCUUCAAGCUGGAGAAUUAGCGUUGAAGGAAGGAAUUGUAGAUAUAUCUUCUAUUCGAAAAAGAGCUUAUCAGGCUUGUGAAGAGUUGCAUUUAUCGAAGGAAGACCUAGUGGAUCCUUUGUUGACUACACUUGAUCAACUCCUAUUAGGUAUCAAAUUUAUCAAAGAGUUAUCGCCUAGAACUAAAGAUUAUUUGGUUUCUUUUGGUGAACGUCUUUCUGUUCGCAUAUUUGCUGCAUAUUUGAGACAAUCUGAAGGACUUCCAACGGAGCCUUUUGAUGCAUUCGAUCUAGGCUUUGUUACUAAUUCCCAUUUUACGAAUGCGGACCUUUUAGAAGAGAGUUUUUCACGAAUCAGAGACUGUUUUGAGCGCUUGGUACAACAACAUACGUUAGCUGUAGUGACUGGUUUCAUUGCUAAAGACAAACAAGGGAAUAUCACCACUUUGGGACGAGGUGGUAGUGAUUUGACUGCAGCAGCUUUAGGAGCAGCUUUAGGUUGUAGUGAAGUUCAAGUGUGGAAAGAUGUGGAUGGUAUUCUUUCUACUGAUCCUCGAAUUGUGUCGGAUGCCAUUCCUGUGCCAUUUGUGACAUUUCAAGAAGCUUUUGAAAUGGCCUAUUUUGGAGCCAAGGUGCUUCAUCCUAUUGCUAUGCAACCAGCUAUGAGACACAACAUUCCGAUUCGAGUAAAGAAUUCUUACAAUCCUGAGCAUCCAGGAACUGUUAUUAAGAGUAGAAGAGAACAUCCUUCAGAGAAUCCAGUAACUGCAAUAUCUUUGAAACGAAAAUGUCAUCUAGUAGACAUUGAGUCCACCAGAAUGUUAGGUGCACAUGGUUUUUUGGCUGAACUAUUUAAGGUGUUUGGAGAACGGCGUGUUUCCAUCGAUGUGAUUGCGACAUCCGAGGUUUCGGUUUCUUUAACUUUGGAUCCCAAAGCUUUCGAUACAAGAGAUAAGGAGGAGUUGGAAGUAGAGUUGAGUAAAAUUGCUUCGGUUCAGUUUUCAGGAGAAAAGGCAAUCAUUUCAUUGGUUUCGAAUGUUUCUCGUUCUACUGAGAUUUUGGCACGUGCUAUGCAAGUUUUGUGGAAAGAGAAUAUUGAUGUGGAAAUGAUAUCUCAAGGAGCAUCUAAAUUUAAUAUUUCUUUUAUUGUGGAAGAUACUCAUGCGGAUGCAGCAGUGAGAGCAUUGCAUGGAGAAUUUUUCCGACAUUCAUAAAAGAAUAACACAAUCACACAAUUUUCAAA